UGGUGAAAAUUCUAAAGAGUAAAAGGUGAGAUAAGGUCCUUCCGAUCUGAUUUCAGCUAUUAUUUCCCAUCCAACUCAGGGGCGGUCUAGAUCGUGUGCGAGCAAGACUUCUACAAGAGAUACUUUUCUUUCUAUCAGAGCCAUGGCUAUACAUACAUCUCUCUCCCCUGCAUUUCUGCCCGUUUUACUAUCCUUCAUUUUUUCCCAUCCAACAUCAUUUACAGCAGCAGCACCACCAUCAUCGCUACUCUCAGAAGCAGAGGCUCUCCUGAAAUGGAAAGCCAGCCUCUCGCCAGCACAAUCUCUCCUUUCAUGGUCGCUUACUGCUUCGAAUGCUACCACCAAUACAAUCUCUCCUUGCAAUUGGAGUGGGAUCUCAUGCAACAGCCUUGGAAGUGUAACAGAGAUAAGCCUACCGACUGCGGGCUUGCAAGGUAGGCUCGAUAGCUUGAGCUUCUUAUCAUUUCCAAACCUUCUCCAUCUCAAUCUCAGUAGCAACACCCUCACUGGAAACAUCCCAACCCAUAUUGGCACUCUUUACAAACUCACUUCCCUCGAUCUAUCUACAAAUAAUCUUUAUGGUAUUUUACCCCUUUCAAUGGCUAAUCUUAGUCACAUUUCAGAGCUCAACAUCUCAUCUAAUGAAAUAAGUGGCAAACUAGAUCCCAUUUUCUUCACCAAUUGGACCAAACUCAUCUCUUUUCAGUUACAGAACAAUCAAUUCACAGGAAACAUUCCAUCUGAAAUCAGGCUGCUUACAAAUCUCCAAAUCUUGAACCUCGGAGGAAAUAAAAUAAAUGGAUCAAUACCUUGGGAAAUAGGAAAUCUUGUGAAUUUGAAUGAGAUAGUCUUGUCCUAUAACAAUCUGACUGGUCCCAUCCCUCCUCCUUUAGGUAAUUUGAGUAGCCUUACAAUUUUAAAUCUCUACAGUAACCAAAUUUAUGGUUCAAUUCCACCAGAAAUAGGAAAUCUGGUUAAUCUCAAGGAGCUUGAUUUGUACAAUAACCUUGUAACAGGUUCUGUCCCUUCCACUUUAGGAAACUUGACCAAGCUUACUUUUUUGUCCCUUAUUGACUGUCAGUUAUCUGGUUCCUUGCCUCAAGAAAUGAUGAACAUGACAAAUCUUUCUGAACUCUACUUGCAUGGCAACAACUUCUCCGGCGAUUUACCUCAGUUAUGCCAUGGUGGAUCUCUUAAACGAUUCACUGCAUUUGACAACCAUUUCACUGGUGAGAUCCCGAAAAGCUUCAGAAACUGCACUAGCUUAACAAGAGCGCGACUCAAUGGAAACCAACUUGUUGCAAAUGUAUCCGAAGCUUUUGGUGUAUACCCACAUCUCAUAUUCAUGGACAUCAGCGACAACAUGUUGUUUGGUGAACUCUUACCGAACUGGGGAGAAUGCAAAAACCUAACAAAGCUACAAUUCUCUGGGAACAUGAUCAGCGGUCGAAUUCCUCCGGAGAUUGGGCAAUUGAGGCAGCUAGAAGUGCUGGGUCUUUCUUCAAACCGUCUAGUAGGAGAGAUUCCAAAGGAGCUUGGGAAGCUGACUUCUUUGUUCAACUUGACUUUAAAUGAUAACCAGCUUUCUGGUCAGGUACCCGAAGAGAUUGGAAAACUAUCCAAUUUGGAGUUUCUUGACUUGUCAAUGAAUCACCUAAGUGGUCCAAUACCACCUCAAUUAGGGGAUUGCUCCAAACUCCACUAUCUGAAAUUGAGCGAAAAUGUUUUAAAUGGAAGCAUUCCUUUUCAGAUCGGUAACCUAGUAUACCUACAGGGCUUACUAGAUCUAAGUCAUAACUCCCUCAAUGGACAUAUAUCACCACAACUUGCAAAAUUGAUUCGCCUGGAAAAGUUAAACCUCUCCCACAACAUGUUGUCAGGCUCCAUUCCACCUUCUUUUGAAGGGAUGUUCAGCUUGCAAUCCAUUGAUUUUUCAUACAAUGCUUUGGAAGGUCCUAUUCCCAACAGCAAAAGCUUUCAGAAGGCUCCUAUAGAGGCGUUCAUAAAAAAUAAAGGCUUAUGUGGUGAAGUGCAAGGCUUGCGACCUUGCAAUGCCUCUUCAACAGGUCAUGCCGAUGUGAAGAAAGGCCACAGAGUUGUAUUCCUCGUUAUUCUUCCUCUCUUGGUGACCUCGUUUCUUUUAUUUGUAAUUGUUGGCAUUUCUUUCAUUUGUUACCAAAGAAGAAGAAAUAUAGAGAAAGGGAUUCUUGUGAGGAGCAACGAAAAUCCAUUUUCAAUAUGGAAUUAUGAUGGGAUUGCUGUAUUCGAAGACAUCGUGGAAGUGACAGAGGGUUUUGACGACAAAUACUGCAUUGGAACUGGAGGGUGUGGGAAAGUUUACAAAGCAAAUCUACCAAUGGGCGAGGUAGUAGCUGUGAAGAAACUUCACCCACUUGAAGGUGGGGAUCAUUUUGAUCAAAGAAGUUUUAGAAAUGAGAUACGAGCAUUAACUGAAAUCCGUCAUCGCAACAUUGUGAAGCUUUAUGGCUUUUGCUCCCAUGCUCGAUGUUCGUUUCUAGUCUACCAGUACAUGGAAAGGGGAAGCUUGGCAAGCAUCCUAAGCAAUGAUGAAGGCACUGCACAGCUGGACUGGACUCUAAGGGUCAAGAUUAUUAAAGGUGUGUCCCAUGCUUUAUCUUACAUGCACCAUGAUUGUACCCCGCCGAUUAUCCAUCGAGACCUAUCAAGCAAGAACAUUCUAUUGAAUUCAGAACUUGAGGCUAUUGUCUCUGAUUUUGGAACUGCAAGAUUGCUGAUACCUGAUUCGUCAAAUUGGACUAUGCUUGCAGGCACUUAUGGAUAUAUUGCUCCUGAACUUGCAUAUACAAUAAGGGUGACUGAAAAAUGCGAUGUAUAUAGCUUUGGCGUUGUGGCACUUGAAGUGAUGAUGGGAAGGCAUCCUGGGGAGCUCAUCUCCUCUUUGUCAUCACCAAAUAGAGAAGAUAUAUUGCUGAAGGAUUUGUUGGACAAACGUCUCUCUGAUCCGAUGGCGGAGGUUGCACGAGAAGUUGUAUUUGUGGUGUCCAUGGCACUUGCAUGCAUUCGGCUGGAUCCAAACUCUCGGCCAACCAUGCACCGUGUGGCUCAGGAGCUAUCGGUUGGUGGGCCGUCUUUCUCUCUAGAACCAUUCCAUGCACUUACAUUACGUCAACUGAUGGAUCUCAAGGUAUAAUGGGGUGUAUAGAAAUUAUUGAGGCUGUGGGCUUGUAGUGGCAAGAACAUUAUUACUGUGUGUCUAUUGUAUGAAAAUAAUUAAGCAUAGAAGUUUUUCUGGUUGUGAUACAUACAUAGGCCAAUGUGUGGAAUCAAUGUUUAUUUGGAAUGUAGAUUUCUAGUAUUGGUGAUCAAAAUUCAAAUGUAUUUUAAAAAUAUUAUUUCAGGAUGAUGAAAAGAAUUAUUGAUGCUAUUCUUA